AUGGGUGACGCCAAGGAGACGUUCGGGUACAGGGGGCUCUACAGGGGCUUUGUCUUCUCCGCCAUGACGACCAUCCCCGCCACGAGCCUCUACUUCUGCUGCUUCGAAUACCUGAAGAGGAUCAAAAUGAAUUGGAACAACAGCAUGAGGGACGCGGAAACGGGGCCCGGACAGAAGACCAAGUCGCUAAGUUUUGCAAAUUAUUUCACCAUAGCCUUCCUGGCCGAGGCCAUGUCCUGCGUGCUGUUCGUCCCCAUUGACGUAAUUAAGGAGAGGCUGCAGGCGCAACGCUAUUUGCAACUGAAGGAGUACAGGACGUCCUACCACCUGGUGAAGGAUUUAAUUCGCAGGGAGGGAUUCUUCAGGAUGGGAUUGGACCUCAUGAGAAGGCUAGAAAUCGAGCCGUCUAAUUUGAACAGCCUUAAGUUGAACCUCCUUUGUUCGAUGCUCUCUGGGAUUAUAACUUCCCCCCUGGAAGUAGUCAGGAUAAGAUACCAACUGCAGGAGAAGAACAGGACCCCCUUUUUUUACAGCAGCUCUGUUGACGGAAUUAAAAAGCUGUGGGGCGAGGGCAGCGGGAAGAUCUUCAACCUCUUCAAGGGAAACCUCUACCGCUGCUUCCUCGUGUGCCUCAGCAUGACCAUGAACGUCACCAUUAUAGACCUGUACAAGCAGUUCGCGUGA